CCACAUCUGUCCACUACAACCGACAAUUCACGAAGAUCUAACGUGUUGGUUUCGUCUUGAAAAAAAGAAAAUGGACUUAAUGUGGUGUAGGAAUGAAAUUUAUGAAAGUAGUAAUGGUAACAUCAGAGGAUCUCAAACAGAAUGUGAUGUGGACACCGAUGGAACAUUCAGCUGCACUCCACAGCCAAUGGGAUUUUGUUAUGCCCACGUGACACUUGGAUUCCAUGCAUUAGAAAACAAACAGGUAAAAGUUGUCCUUGGCGACGUAGAAAGAACAUUCUUUGGGGGGCCAGCCACAAUGCAAGUUACAUCACUGGGUAGAAGGGACAACACAGUAGAUUUCGAUAUUCAAUGCAGCAAUGGGGAGCCUUGCCUUGAAGACCGGUUGGCAAUCAUGAACAUUCUUUUUAGAUGUGAUUAGUAAUUUACAAUUGCCUUGGACAAAGCCGAUGAUGAUUUAGAUUUCUGACGGACCACAACCCGACCAUUCCUAUGUGUUUUUAUUUUUUUUGUUUAUACCGUACCGAUCUUUGUUAUGGUUUUACCUAAAGUGGACUUUGUAAUUUGUUUGAACGACACCGUUUUAAUCCAUUUGGACCACAUCGACAUAGGGUAUUUGUUUAAACCACACUUACUUUUGCCAUUUGUUUUAACUAGCCUUUUGUUUUAACUGCCAGAAUUAGAAAACAUUUCUAAAACAGUUUCCACGAGACCUACUAACAUUUGUCUUUCACAACCAUCUAUAGUAUUUCUUUAUAUUACAAGUAUCUUUAAUUUGGAAGUUAAAACAAUAAUAUAUAAAUGUUCUACAUACAUGUAUUACGACGGAUGAUACAUAAUGGCUGUCAUUUGUUCGAGAAAUAAAAUAUCUUGACCUCAAGGAUACAAGUUUCGUUAAAUUUUCACCAAACAGUUACUCUAUUAAAAGUUUUUUGUUUGUUUUCUUCACCAGCUUGAAUGAGAACAAGAAAUCAACAGCUCAACAACAUGAAAAGGGUGCUAGUAAUAUUUGCUCUUUAUGUAUUUGUUAAAUGCAUAAUAUGCUCAGAAAUGACUUAAUUUUUAUUUCAUUAAAACGGACAAACUCUAAUUUUUAUAACGUUCAAAUAAUAGUUUUAGAGCAUGUUAGAUGCUUGUUGACCUGAAAAAAGUAGCGAUAAAUGUGAAAUGAUUUGUCAUAAAAGAAGCAUUAUGUAAACAAAGUAGUAUUUUGACUUCAAUUGUCUGUACUG